GCUGGGUGCGAAGUAUCAUGGAGGAUCAGUAGGAGAACUGUGGCCAUCCAAAAAGCUGAGCUGUGGGUCCAAGCACUGGAGUUUCUGAACAUUUGAUUGGCAUUUUUUAACGUUAACCUAGUGUUUUAUAUUUUACUAAUAAUGGAGAUGAAGAAGAGGAUCAGUUUAGAAUUGAGGAAUAGGACACCAGCGGAGGUGGAAGAACUGGUGGUGGAUAAUUGCCGCACCAGUGAUGGUGAAGUAGAGGGCCUGACAGAUGACUUCAAGGAGCUGGAAUUCCUCAGCAUGGUCAACGUUGGACUCACCUCCCUGGCCAAACUACCCUCGCUGCCCAAACUGCGCAAGUUGGAGCUGAGCGACAACAACAUCUCAGGUCAUUUGGAGACACUUUCAGAGAAGUGCCCCAACCUGACAUAUCUAAACCUGAGUGGCAACAAGAUCAAGGAGCUGAACAACGUUGAAGCCCUGCAAAAUCUGAAGAACCUGAAGAGCCUGGACCUGUUUAACUGUGAGAUCACCACACUGGAGGAGUACCGGGAGAGCAUCUUCGAGCUGCUGCCUCAGGUCACCUACCUGGACGGCUUCGACCAGGAGGACAACGAGGCCCCUGACUCGGAGGCAGACGACGAUGAUGAUGAUGAUGAGGGGGAGGACGGAGCCGGACCCACAGGGGAUUAUGAGGAUGAAGAUGAGGAUGAGGAGGGCUCGGAAGGAGGAGAGGUUGGGCUCUCCUACCUGAUGAAGGAAAAGAUCCAGGACGAAGAGGAUGAUGAUGACUACGCAGAGGAGGAGGAAGAAGAGGAGAAGGCAGGAGUCAAAGGGGAGAAGAGGAAGAGGGAUGCUGAGGACGAAGGGGAGGAUGAUGAUGAUGAUGAUGAUGACGACUAGGCUUGUCUUUCCCCUGCGACCCUCUGGAUCCAGAUCCAAGCUGUAGAACAAUAACCACAAAAAAGUGUGAUCUUGCAGAUUGUUUCUCUUUAUAUACAAUAGAUAUCACUGUAGAGGCUAUGUUUCUUUAUAUAUAUAUAUAUAUAAGAAUGAAUGAGAGAGAUACUAUACGAAGAGGAGAUUUUAUUGGCAAAUAAUUUGUUAAUCAUUCUAAGUUAAAUUACCACCCCAAAAAUCUCUUCAAUAUGCAGGGAGUCUAAAAUAAAUGGAUGGAGGGGGUGGGUGGUGCUGGGGCUGGAUUGCUCAAAGUGCUUGCCAAUGAUAUGAUCAGUUGCAACUAGAGGUGUGUUAUGGACUCAUUUAAGAAGUGCUGUCGCAACAAUGACCAGCCAACAGAAGUGGCCCAUGCUGUCCCUCGUUGACAUCCAUGUUCAACAAACCUCCAGUGACGUUCCAAGACCCACAACAUUCCAGGCAGCCCAGAGUCCAGUCCAGCCCAUAGAGAUAGAGGACUCAUCUUUGUAUCUGUGCCAUUAUAGCAUCUGUGACUGCAUGGGCAGCGCAAUUGAGGCAAUCUCACAAUAGGCCCAGCGUCGUCCGGGAUUGGCCGGUGUAGGCCGUCAUUGUAAAUAAUAAUUUGUUAUUAACUGACUUGCCUAG